CAGCUGUAGCACAAUGAACACAAGACAUUUGUUUCACAUUACUUGAGUUUGAUGUUUCUUCACCAGCUGCAACUUCUGCUGCCUCUGAUUCACAAGAUGGAUAUUGCGAGUUAAUCCCACAGAUUCCUAACUGUCGCUGUAGAUUAUAAAAACAGGAUUGAAGGGAAGAGUUUGCCGAAAUCUCCCUCAUCUCACUUGAUGUUUUUUUUUUUUAAAAAUCAGUUUUCAAGGAUUUUUUUUUCAGGAUUUCAAGCCUUACUUGGACUACUGGCUACAGAAUAAGAAGAACAGAUCAGAGAACGGAUCAGGUUUGGCAGGAUAUAUGAACAGAAAUGUUUAUUUGACAUACAAUAAAGAAGAAAUCACAUCAGUCAUAAAAGCAGUUUAAAGUCUCUGAGUGGCACAUCCUUCAGGCAGGUCUUCAUUCUGUGGAAAAAUGACUUGGAAAUGUAUAAACGUAAUCUGCGCUCUUCUUUCACUCUGCAUUACAUCGGUGGUAGUUAGUGAUGAAGAACCCAGAGCAAACUGUGCAGACUUCAACACAACAUUGCAAAAAUACAGACAAAUGAAAGGUGUACACGUCCAGUACCUGCUCCUAACACGAAGGAAUGCAGACUGCGCUAGUCUCUUCACCCAAGACUGUCUGAACCAUACACAGAAACAUACUGCACACUUUAACAGUACCCUUCCCACUAAAGUCAUUAUUCAUGGAUAUAGGGCUCUAGGCAGGAAGCCCUCCUGGGUCAGGGGCUUAGCCCAGGCUUUGUUAGAAAUGGAGGAUGCGAACAUCCUGGUGGUAGACUGGCUCUGUGGAGCCUCUUAUGACUACAGCCAGGUUGUGUAUAAUUACAAGGAGGUGGCUGUGCAGAUAUCAAUUCUUAUAAAUCAGCUUACGACCAGUGGUAUUAAUCUGGAAUCAUUCCAUCUCAUUGGCAUAAGCCUGGGAGCUCAUGUAGCAGGAUUUGUGGGAACUCUGUUUGCAGGCAAACUGGGACGAAUUACAGGUUUGGACCCAGCAGGGCCCAUGUUCAAAAAUGCUGACCCGUCUGACCGCCUGGAUCCCUCGGACGCCAUGUUUGUUGAGGCUAUACACACCGACUCUGACUAUUUUGGCAUUUCUAUUCCUGUUGGACAUGUGGACUUUUUCGUAAAUGGUGGCCUGGACCAAACUGGAUGUGUACGGUCAAGUUUUGCAUCAAUUUUUAUUUAUUUUCCAGUGUAUGGCUAUGUAAUCUGUGACCAUAUGAGGGCGCUGUAUGUUUACAUGAGUGCACUAAAUGGCUCCUGCGCACUCACUGGCUUCCCUUGCUCCAGUUAUGAGGAUUUCCUGGCCGGCCAAUGUACCAGUUGUGAUGGCACCUUCAACAACAUUUGCCCACAGAUAGGCUUGCUGAAGAACAGUGGGCUAACAGUGUCGCCAUUACCCAUACAUGGGAAAGUCUACCUCCUGACUACAUCUGAAGUUCCCUUUUGUGUCCAUCACAUAAUGAUUGAGCUGAAAGUGUCCCCACUGAUAAAGAGUGCAGUGGUGCAAGUCACCCUGGUCUCCAUGCAAGACAUCAAGACAAAGCAGAAAUUCCACCUACAGACAGACAAAACCGUUUAUAAAAAAGUGGUCGGGCACCCUGAGCGUCUAUGCAAGAUUGAUUCCAUUCAUCUGAUGAAUACUGGAGCAUUAUUAUACAGACAAGGGAACAUCCACUUUGAAUACAUCUGUAUCUCCAGGAUCCCUAAAAUGAGGAGGAUGGACACAUUGUGUGUGGAGAACAUAAUGAUUGGCAGGAGUACACCAUGGUCACAUGACUUUAUCCAGAUGUGCUGAACAUCAGGGGGGAGAGAGCAAGCUCCACACAAUGGAAAAAAUUGGCAGAUGCAUCUUACAAAUGCACCGAUGCACAAAGAAGACACAUUAGAACUGCAGAUGUAAAGACAACAGCAUUUAUUAAAGUGUUCCAUUAAAGCACACAUUUUGCAUGUAUAGGGUAAAAAAAAUACCAUCUACAAAUGCGUUAUUCAGUAACAUUUUUCAGGAUAUUCAGUCAGAUAUUACAGAGCAAUUAUACAAUUAUGCCUUUUAACACUGGUCAAUUACUAGAGUUCAGUUUGAUGAUUUCUUUCCUCCUAAUAUCAAAUAAUGCAAUACUGUAGAGAUGAAAAUCCUUUAUGUUGGCAUCUCGUUUGUCUUAUUAGAUAAAAAUUUUUGUUUGACUUUUGUGAUAUACAGUAGCUUGGCAGUCUGGCUAUUAUUUAAUGUAAAAUUAAGUGUGAAAUUAAUAAUAAUAAUGUUCAGGCAAAUUUAUGUACAACAUUUGGUAAUUAAAAUGUAGCAUAACUCUUAAUCUACUGUAGGCAAAUUGUAGACUGGGAUCAAUAUCCACCAUGCACUGAAUUUUCACUGAGGUUUUAUUAAGGAAGAAUUGGCCCCAUGAAAAUACAUUGAUUCCUUAUGGUGAAAUAAAGACUCACAUAAAGUAGCA